CUGAAAACUACUGAAUUAUUUACGCGACUCGGCAGCAAUGCUUUGGUUGUGACGCCCGCGUCCCUUUUUGUUUUUCCGUUUCUUUGCCCUUUGGCUACAGCUUUGCCGGUGGCUGGAAAGGAGAACGCAGAAAGGAGAACGCAGAAAGGAGAAUACCCUCCGCAGUGGCAAUUAAACUCUCACUAAAGGUGCGCCAUGGCGCCGUUGAUCAUCGCAACUUCUAUCCCGCGACGUGCCCGGCUGCCUAUUCUCCUCGUCGCCGCUCUUGCAGCCCUCUAUAUCCUCUCAGCACGUCACGUACCGCUCUUCGCCGUGGAUUUUAGCCGGUUCUCUCCCUUCAAUCCGUCUCGUUCAAAUCGCAUGGAUGUGCUGCGGUUCGUCGACCCUCUCAUCGGGACCGCCAAUGGAGGCCACGUUUUUCCUGGUGCUACCUUGCCCUAUGGUCUGUUAGGCCUACUCCUCCUGUCCUGUCCUAAGAAACACACGUAUGAUGAUGCCCUUUCAAAGGCUGAGAAACUUAUGCGCAUCUGGCCAUGGAUCUAGGCAUGGCGAAACCUGGUCCUGAUACGGACGCCAGGGGCGAGAACGCCGCUGGUUUUGUCUCGGACCAUUCUUACAUCAUCGGCUUCUCUCAUUUACAUGACUCUGGUGCGUUGCGUGAUAGCUUCCAGG